CUCGAGUCACCAAUUCAAACCUCACAUUUUCUCUGCUUUCCACCUACGAUUCUAACCAUCCAAACACACCACAAAAAAAAUUUUAAUUUGAAAAAAACACGAAUUUAAAAACCCUGCUUCGUUUUGUGCUCUAUUCUAUGGUUUCUGUAAACCCUAACCCACCACAAGGCUUCUACUUGGAUCCGAUGCAAAUGGGACUUCCUGCUCUUGGGUCUCUGCAGCCUACUACUGCUUCUGUUGCUGCGUCGUCUUCGUCGGAGGAUCCGAAUAAGAAGAUCCGGAAGCCCUACACCAUCACCAAGUCCAGGGAGAGCUGGACCGAGCAAGAGCACGAUAAGUUUCUCGAAGCUUUACAACUUUUUGAUCGAGAUUGGAAGAAGAUCGAAGCAUUUGUUGGGUCCAAAACAGUUAUCCAGAUACGUAGCCAUGCGCAAAAGUACUUUUUGAAGGUUCAGAAAAAUGGUACAAGUGAACAUGUGCCUCCUCCUCGGCCAAAGAGGAAAGCAGCCCAUCCAUACCCACAAAAAGCCUCUAAAAAUGCUCCAGUGUUUCCCCAAGAUACCAUGGCAUUUCAAACUUCAGCUACUUUGCUUGAACCUGGAUUUGUUCUGAGGCCAGAUUCAUCAUCAGUGCUUAGAAAUCCAAUGAACAAUGCAGCUUUGUCUUCCUGGACUUACAACUCUCAACCUCCAGUCAGUGUAUCACAUGUGACAAAAGAUGAGGUAGGAUUGGCUGGGCCAGCUAUGCAACAUAAUAAUUGCUGCAGUAGUAGCAAUGAAAGCACUCCAAGGUCUUGGCCAAUUUGUAAAACACAUGAUCAGGGAAAUCAAAGCUUGCCAAUACGAGUUAUGCCAGAUUUUGCUCAAGUGUACAGCUUCAUCGGUAGUGUUUUUGACCCCAAUGGAAGUGGUCACUUGCAGAAAUUAAAGAACAUGGACCCAAUAAAUAUGGAAACGGUAUUGCUAUUGAUGAGAAACCUUACAAUCAAUUUAACAAGCCCUGAAUUUGCAGAUCAUAGGAAGUUGCUCUCAUCUUAUGAUGCUGACUUUGAGAAGGCUAAAUCCAGCAGCACUCGCAGUAUUCUCCAUGUUGGUAAAUCAGAGAGUGCUAUUCUAUCAGCAUAAGAAGUAAGAAGGUAGAAAGAAAAAAAACCCGACUUUCAUCUGUGUUUUUUGGCAACAUGAUUGCUUCCUUUUUUUAUUUCAUCCAAACAUGUUGCUGACUUUUAAGCAGAGAAAUGCCAGGGUGCAAAGGGGGAAACUGUCUAUGAGUGAUCUCUCUUGCUGUUUCUAAUAGUAAUAAUGAGAAGUGUCCAGAUUCUCUCCACUAGUUUAUGUAUAUACGUAGGUGUGAUGGGGUGUAUAUGUGCCACCAGCAUGGUUUGUUUGAUGCCAUUGCCUUUGCCUUUUUUGGGUUUUCCGUUUCGUGCUUGUUUAUGUCAGGCGUUGCAGUAUAUAUGUUAUCUUGAAGGCCUAUUGUAUCCUGUAGGCCAGCACCCAUUGUAUAGUGUGUUUUUGGUGUACAUAUCUGCUGAGUUUUGACUGGCACACUUGUGUGAGAUGUGUUUUUGAGAGGCUUUGGUUAUAUAAAUAAUGUUAUGGA